CUCGUUCCUGCCCUUUUCAUCACUUCGUAAUCUCUAUGAGUGCAGCCCCUCCCCCGAUUAGAGUGGAUGAAUCCGAAUACGAACGGAAGUGCCUCGCCGUCCUUUACCUCGGAACGCAUGCAAAUGCAAGACCACGAGCGCUUAACUAUGAAUAUGUUUUGAUGGUGUUCGGCGACCAAUACAGAUGGGAGCACAUGUGGGCAGAAGAAAAAAUACGGUAUGAAUUGACAGGUUAUUUAAGGCAUCGGACCGAACAACGCGGAAAAGGAUGGUUCAGGCGUGGUGGUGGCAGGGUUAGUAUGUUGUUGUCGAUCCCGACCAUGGGCCGCCCAGUAUAAGUAUUGCACGCCCGACCCUCUAAGAAGAGUUACUCCCCUCCCCCCUUACCUCUUAUCUCUACGUCCUAAUGUCUCCCCUCGUCCUCGUUUCACUUGCCCUUCUUCUCGCCAUUCUACUUCUUGUCCUCCUUCCCCGCCGAAGCGAAAACUCUUUCCCAAGACCACCCGGCCCUAAAGGCCUCCCUCUUAUCGGAAACUUGUUCGAAAGUCUCUCCCUCUCUCCCUCUUCCUUCGCGAAAUGGACCGCCGAAACGGGGAGCCCCAUAGUUUCGCUCAAUGCCUUUGGGCAGACAAUAGUCAUUCUUAAUUCGUGGAAAAUUGCCUCUGAGCUACUCGAAAAGCGCGGAUCGAUUUACUCUGACCGACCGAAACCAGUGUGGUGCGGGGAAUUGAUAGGGUGGAAGAGCGUCGUGUUAUUUGCCCCGUACGGCGAGCGAUUGAGAGAGCAGAGGCGCCUCGUGAGGGGGCUCAUUGACUGCAGGGAGCACAUGGACAAGAUUCUCAGCGUCGACGAGAUGAGUCGCCACUGGAGGGAAUUCCUUGGCAACUUGCUGAGAGAGCCGGAGGCAUUGGAUAGGCAUAUUCAUAACACUUCUGUCGGUAUCCUCCUUCAGCUUUCGCACGGUAUAUCCUUGGAUGAUCACAUCCAGAAAAAUACCGACUCUGCGAUGAGACAGUUCAGCAUUGUCACCGCCCCCGGCGCUUCAAUAGUAGACCUCUUCCCCCCACUCCAACACUUGCCCAAAUGGUUCCCGGCUUCGUUUAUCAAGCAAGCAGCUGAAUACGCACGCGUUUUAGCGGACAUGGUGGAUGUACCUCAUGGUAUUGUUAAGCGGCAUUUGAGCGAAAGCACGGCUAACCCGAGUUUCACGUCAACCUAUCUGCAACGAGACAACGUGACUCCGGAGCAGGAGGAGCUCAUCAAGUGGACCGCCGCGUCGAUAUAUUUUGGUGGUUCUAACACUAGCGUACCGACCCUCCUGACAUUUUUCCUCGCGAUGUCCUUGCAUCCCGAAGUGCAAAGAAAGGCCCAGGCCGAAGUCGACGCUGUUACAGGCGGAACGCGUCUUCCGACACUCGAAGAUCGCGCGCAAGGUCGCCUGCCGUAUGUCGAAGCUAUCGUCCAGGAAACUUUCAGGUGGAAUCCUGCAACGCCGAUAGGUAGGAGGGGCCGCUUCCGCGAAACUACCAAAGACGACGUGUACGAAGGCUACCUUAUCCCCAAGGGGUCUAUUGUAAUGCCGAACAUUUAUGGCUUCUUACACGACCCUGAGACGUACAAAGAUCCGAUGACAUUUAAUCCCGACCGGUUUAUGGGCAGUGACAGGGAGAGAGAUCCGAGACCACCGUGCUUCGGAUUUGGAAGGAGGGCGUGUCCUGCGCUUGGACUUGGCGAAACGAAUGUCUUCCUCGCUGUCUCUGCUACUCUGGCCGCGUUUGAUAUUACUUCCAAGUCGCAGACAGAAUCACCUUUACCCGCCUCCGAAUAUUUUACGACCGGUGGGACGAUAAGCAGACCGAAGCCAUUCGACUGCGAUAUAAGGCCCAGGAACGAGGGGGUUGUCACACUUAUAACGGCAGAAAAUGAUUAGGGCCUCCCUUUUACUGCUAAGCAUUGAACAAUCUUUAUUAUGACCGGAUCUUACUGCUCCUAAGUAUCUAUGUGCUCAUUAUCGUUACCGUACUGUACACAACAUAAGUUCUUAUUACUUACGCGCUUACUAAAAGUCCUGCCUUACUUACUAGACACGCCUUAUCUAGUCUAGGAAUUCGACCUCGCUUUCAGGAUUGUUACAGCAACAUUCAGAUUAAUUGCAUCAUGCAUUUUUUUUUUCGCACACAAUGUCUC